AUGGUCACAUAUAUCGAUUUCCUAUUGAUCGCGUCCCUCGUUGGGGCCGGCGUCGGCACCGCUGUUCCUCCCAGGGCCAGAAUCGGCACCACUGACCUCAACCACAAUGCUGGGGCCGGCAAGGUCUCCAUCAAGCAGGUGGCCCGAGGCAAGAAAAUCUUCAAUGGUGCUCUUUCCGUCAAAGAGACGUACUUGAAGUUCGGCAUUCCAGUCCCCGAGUACCUGGAACAAGCCGUCCAGAACUUCGCUGUUGACCGCCGAGACACAGGGAGUGUUUCCGCCAACCCCAUCGACGAAUACGACGAUGCCUACGUAUCGCCUGUGUCCAUUGGCACGCCGCCGCAGACGCUGGACCUCGACUUCGAUACGGGGUCGUCCGAUUUCUGGGUGUUUAGCAGCGAGACGCCCUCAACCCAGGUCAGCGGUCAGUCCAUCUACACACCGUCCAAAUCCAGCACCGCCAAGUCCUUGUCCGGGUACACCUGGAGCAUCUCGUACGGAGACGGCAGCUCUUCGAGCGGAGAUGUCUACACGGACACUGUUACCAUCGGUGGCCUCACCGUCGCAAGCCAGGCCGUCGAGGCAGCCAAGAAGGUCUCAAGCUCGUUCACAUCCGAGAGCGCCAUUGAUGGCCUUGUCGGGCUUGGCUUUGACAGCUUGAACACCGUCAAGCCUACGGCACAGAAGACUUUCUUCAGCACGGCCAAGGCCCAGCUUGACGAGCCUCUUUUCACUGCUGACCUCAAGUACAAGGCCCCCGGCACCUACAACUUCGGCUACAUCGACGAAGCCGCCUACACCGGCACCAUCACCUACGUUCCUGUGACCACCAACCCGGGCUACUGGACUUUCACCUCGUCCGGCUACGCUGUCGGCACCUCCUCCUUCGUCUCUACCAGCACCAGCGGCAUUGCUGACACCGGUACCACCCUGCUUUACCUUCCCGCCACAAUCGUCAGGGCCUACUAUGCCCAGGUCACGGGAUCUUCCAACAGUAACACCUACGGCGGCUACGUAUUCCCCUGCAGUGCUACCCUGCCCAGUUUCACCUUUGGUGUUAGUGGCGCUAGAAUCAUCAUCCCGGCUAAAUAUAUAAACUACGGUGCCGUUACUACGGGCAGCUCGACUUGUUUCGGUGGGCUGCAGUCCAGUGCCGGUAUCGGUAUCAACAUCUUUGGCGAUGUUGCCUUGAAGGCCGCUUUUGUUGUGUUCAAUGGUGCUUCUACCCCUACUUUGGGUUGGGCUAACAAGACUUUGGCAUAA